AUGAAGAAGAAGUCGAGUGAAGACAAACCAAUUCGAGUGAAGAAGUCGGACGUCGAGGACCAGAAGAUCCAGGAGUUGGUGUCGGCGUACGAGUCGUACGAUUGGUCGCAAUUUGAAUCGUUUGAAUCGAUUCCUCUUUCGGCCAAAACACGUGACGCUCUCCUCUGGAAUGGGUUCGCAGUUCCCACUGAUAUACAGAGACAGGCCAUCGGACACGCCCUCAGAGGCCGGGACCUGUUGGGCGCCGCGAAGACCGGGUCCGGCAAAACACUGGCCUUUUUAGUACCCAUUCUUGAGAUAUUAUACGCCAACAAAUGGACGCAUUUGGACGGAAUCGGAGCUCUCAUUAUAACACCCACUCGUGAGCUCUCGUAUCAGAUCUUUGAGGUGUUGAGGAAAGUGGGUAUAAAUCAUGACUUCUCUGCGGGUCUUAUAAUCGGCGGAAAAGAUCUCAAGUUUGAAAGGAAACGUUUGGACAAAUGUAAUGUCAUUGUCUGCACUCCCGGACGACUUCUUCAACACAUGGACGAGAAUCCGCUCUUCAAUUGCGAUAAUCUGAAGGUUCUUGUAUUGGAUGAGGCGGACAGAUGUCUGGACAUGGGUUUCGCAAAGACUAUGAACGCUAUUAUCGAGAAUUUGCCUCAAAAACGACAAACACUGCUCUUCUCUGCGACACAAACGAAAUCCGUGAAAGACUUGGCGCGACUCAGUCUUAGAGACCCGAUGUAUGUCUGGGUUCACGAAAAUGAUAAGCACUCGACGCCCGACGCUCUCAUACAGAGCUAUAUUGUGUGUGAUUUGGAGGAUAAGCUGAAUAUGUUGUGGUCUUUCAUCAAAAGCCAUAAGAAGCAAAAGGUAGUGGUGUUUAUGUCGAGCUGUAAACAAGUGAAGUAUUGCAAUGACCUCUUCUGCCGAAUGAGACCCGGAGUCAGUAUUCUAUCACUUUAUGGAACUCUCCAUCAAUUGAGACGAAUGGCUAUUUAUGACGAGUUUUGUCGCAAACAGAGCGCAGUUCUCUUCGCCACUGACAUCGCGUCCAGAGGUCUUGACUUUCCAUCAGUUAAUUGGGUCUUACAGUUGGACUCUCCCGAAGACGUCAACACAUAUAUACAUAGAGUCGGACGGACCGCCAGAUUUGAAAAAGACGGCGAAUCUCUUCUGGUUUUACUGCCGUCUGAAGAGAACUCAAUGAUAGAACAGUUGACACAAAAGAAGAUUCCCAUCAAUAAAAUAGAAGUGAAUCCAAAGAAGAUGUAUUCAAUACAACGAAAGGCCGAAGCGUUGUGUGCGAGGGAUUCCACUCUCAAAGAGUCGGCUCAGAGAGCCUUCAAGUCUUAUAUUAAAAACGUGUUUCUAAUGAAAGACAAGUCUGUGUUUGACAUUAAAAAUCUCAAUUCAGAUCAUUUCGCAAAUUCUCUCGGAUUAGCGAUUACUCCGAGAAUUCGUUUUAUUGAAAACAAACAGAAGAAAGAAACGGGAAAUAAAGUGAAACCAAAAACUGGAAGUAUAGGCGAUAGUAAAGACAAUGAAAGCGUUAAUAAUAAUAAUAAUUUGAAUGUCUUAAAUGAUGACAAUGAAAGCGAUGACGACUUGUUUUCUGUUAAGAAAGUGUGGAGAUUUGAUUUGGACGAAGAACUCGAUGGCAGUCGACCCGAGCCGAGGGAGAAAGAGAAGAAGGCGGUGACGAAAGCCGCUCUCGCGAAGAAGAUGUUGAAGAAACACUUUAAACCAAACUCUAGAGUACAGUUCAACGAAGACGGAACUGUUGCCGAAGACUUCCCAACUCGACAAGUGUCCGACAAAGUGAAACAAUUGGAUGAGAAGAAUAUCAAUGGAAUCGACAUCGAGAUCGCAAAAGAGAUUAUGAAAGACGAGGAUAUUAUCGAUAAAAAACUUUACAAAGAUUUAGUGAAAGCGAAACACAAGGAAAAGAGAAUUAAAUUAAAAGAACUGAAACGACGGGAGAAACAGAACAAAAGUGGUUCCGCUGUAUUGGCUUCUGACGAAGCGGUCGACGACCGGUCUUACAAUCAUUUGAAUUCUCUGAUCGACGCUUUGCCCGAUCCGGACGUCAUAUACGGCCAACAAUCGGAUGAGUCGAGUGGCGGACAGUCUAACGAUGAAUAUAAUGAGGACGAAGAUUCUGAAAAUGAGGAACAAAUGAAUGAUAGCGACGAAGAAAGCGAUCGUCAAUCCAAUCGUAGCGAAGACAACGAAAGCGAAGAGGAAUCAGACAAUAGACACGUUAUUAAACGAAAACCAAAACAACAAAUAGUAACGAAUAAAAGACAAAAAUUAGGAAAUGGUUUAGAUUUGACAGACUGUGAAGCGCUUGCCAUUCAUUUAUUGAAUAAUUGA